AUGCAUAUUUUUUUUAUGCAGAUUCUAAAAAGUAUAUUUAUAAUAAAUGAUUAAAUUUGUGUCAACUAAUUAUAUGUACUAAUGAACUUAGUACAUAUAGAUGAAAACUAUCAACACAAUAAAAAAAAUUACUUAUAGAAACUAACAAGUAAUAAAAGAUGGCUCCUGCUAAAAAUCCCCACACAAGCAGCGGCAAUAAUAGUCAAAAUUCAAAUUCUCCUAAUAAAAACCACGACAUUGAUGAAGAUAACUCACUAAGUGCAUCCACCGUACGAAAAACUGGAACUGUUCCAAAAACAUCGACUUCGUCUGUAGCAACAAAAAGUAAUGCAACAGCUCCGACAAAGUGCAUAUCAACAAACGUAGGACAACAACAAAUUCAGCAACGAAUGCAACAGCGAAAAAAUACAGAAAUUGUGGCUCCGAUCAGAAGAGAACUAAAUGAUUUAAACGAUUACUUUCUAUCGACUGUGGUAAAUUCAACCGUCAGUAAUAGGAGCCAUGACCACCAGUACUCAACAGUGAGUGAUCAUAAGCAGCAAAAUUCCAAACUUAAGAACGGAACCAGUAAUUGUGGUUUUAAAAAGCAACAGCAGCAGCUUCAACAGAACUUUACCGAAGGCAGCAGUGGAGUUUCUGGAUGCGAUAUUGAAUAUCUUCAGGAAAACCAAAGAUUUUGCUAUCCAGUCCGUCCAAUACCGAGAAGAAACCCAGAUCAAUCACAACACAACUCGGCAAAUUUAAAUAAUUACAACACAAAUCUUAUUAAUCAGGCAGCAACAAUCGGUGUCGUUAUACCUACUCCAGGGCUAGCUGCAAACACCGAAGAAAUACCAAUUAACCAAAGUCAGGCACAUCAACCUGCACAACAACAGCAGCAACAGUUGGUAUUAGUUCCAUUACAACAAUUAAUUGAUGAACCAUUAUUAUCAACAUAUCAACAACAGCAACAUAACAUACUACCAACAAAUUUAUUGGACUUAGCAACAUCGCUGUCACCACGUGCAGUUUCCGGACCAGUUGCAUCUACAAUCAACACUAAUCAAACUGAUGCGAUUUUAUUGCAACGUUUGCAACUAAUACAACAGUUUUUAAAUUUAACUGCAAAAAAGAGUUCAAACGUCAAUAAUCCUUCUGCAACUGAUUUUGCAAGCGCUACAACAGUCGCUACAAACAACUCUAAAAAUAGUUCAAGAUCCACACAUAAGAACACAAAAACUAAAAUGGUGCGAGAAGCAAAUGGGCAGGAUGUUCUUGUGAAUUCUAAUAGUCUAGAGGAUGUUGCAUUGAGUGAGGCAAGCGAUCGAGCACAAUCUAUACAAUCGCUGCAUAGUAUAGAAACUCCUACACCAGAUAACACACCCACCUAUGAAGAAUUGCAGGAACGUUUAGAACGUAGUAAUCGCAAUAUACAAAACAUGCAGGAACAACAACAACAGUUGCUGCGUUUACAAAACACAGCUAAACAGCACUUGAAUGACAUGGAACGUUUACGACAAUGUGCAGGAAAUCUGAGUUUCGGUAGUACAGAUGGUCAAAAUAAUAAUGGAGAAAAUGGUGAAUUGCCAGAGUAUGAAUCUCUUGAUGAAGUCCAUUCAGAUAUGGAAACCUUAGUUAGCCGCAUGAAAAAUUUAACGGCAUUUAUAAACAGACAGAAUGAAUUAAGCUCUCUACUAGGUGAAGAUGGACCAGAAGUAAUGGCUGAACAACAAGCAUUACAACGUAAAUUAGAAGCUUUACGCAUGCAUCGAAAUGAAAUGCGAGGAUUAGUAGACGAAUUGCAAGAUAUUAACAGAUCUGCGGAGAAAUCUGUAAAAAAUGCUAAAAAUCAUGAAAAUGCAGAAAAAAGUAAUAAAAAAUCUGAACUUCACGUUCCAGUUGAAUAUUCACGUGUUGUUCCUAUCGAAGUAUUGCAACCUUCUCAAAAAAAAGAUAAUAUUGAAAACAUAACUGGAAUAACUAACAAAGAUGAGAAUGAAGCCAUAGCUGCUGCCCUUAUACAGCAAAGGGUAUCCGAUAUUGCAGCAAUGAAACAACAACUAAAACGUCUUAAAGAUAUGAUGGAAACUGUAACUCUAAUGGAAAACCAUUCGGAAAGAGAGAUUAGGGAUAUUGGUCGAACUCCAACAAACGUACAGACUUUGAAUUCAUUUGACCGUGAUCGAACUCCUAUUGCUUCAAUAUCGAGUACAUCUAAUAACGAUUAUGCGGAUGAUGACAAUUUAGCAGAAAAAGUUCGAAUUUUAAAUGAAGUAAGUUCUGGAUUACGAGCUCAAGCCGAAAAUUUUGAAACUGAAAGAAAUCAUAUUAAAGCUCUCAAGAAGGAAAUUGCUCGGCGUAAAGAGCAAGCUGCUGCAGCCGCUCAAUUGGGUGAAGAUGCACUUAAACGACAUAGUCUAACACCUACACCGAUUCCACGUCAACGCAUUGAAGAUUCUCAAGAAGAACGUGAUCAAUUAAAAUCAGAAUACGAAGUUAAAAAAAAAGAAUUUGAACUUCUCUGUAAACGUUUACAGAAUGAAGAUAAAGCAGGUUCUGCUACGCCUAUUCCAGAUAAUCACACAAAUGAAAUGUCAGAAGUUGAAGAAGACGCUGAGGACUUUGUUCACAACUCCAACUAUGAUACAUCUAGAGCUGAGUCAAGUCAUGUAAAUCAAAGCUCUUCUAAUGCCCAAAUUCAUUGCAUCAAACCAACUUUAGGUCCUAAUCAGAGAAAUAUUUCUAUAAAUGCUGCAAAUACAACAUGUAGUAAUCAGGAUGCCGCGUCAUUUGAAGCAGGCAGUUUGAAAUCAGGAAGUUCGCAUUCCUUUUCAAUGCCUCCACCUAUGCCUGCAAUGGGUAAUAACAAUUGGAGACCCAUUCCUCCGCCUUUGCCUGCAGCAUGGAAUCAAAACUUUUAUUCACCAUCACAUAUAAGUACUUCACACACAGCAGCUCCACCAGUAUCUUCUUCAGCCGCACCUAGUAGUAACGAAUGCAUUUGCAAUGUGUCUAAUAAUUUAAAUAAUGCUAGUGCCGGUGUUACUUUUACAAGUUCUUCAGCAGCUUCCCAAUUAGCAACGGAUCCUAUGUUGUUACAACAAUUUGCACAAACACAACAAAUACUCAUUAAUUCUGUUUGCCAAUGUAAUCAAAUGCUAUGGCAUCAACAGCGAGAAAUCGAUGCUCUGAAUAAUACUAUUCAUAUCUUGCAGGAACGUUUAUUAACUUUAACUGGGCCAUCUACAGCAGAUCUUUCCUUAAAUAUACGUUCAGAAUCACUACCACCUGUAACAAUGCCAGGUACGAUUCCAAAUAAUUUCUAUGGUGGGAUUAAUCGUGCUCAAUCAGAACAACCAGAUCCUUUUGCGUCCAGAUUACCAAAUAUUUCAGCGCGUACUGCGCUUAUGAAUUGUCACCAACAGCAACAACAACUACACCAACAACAGCAACAACAUUUAUAUCAACAACGACAACGUGGAUUAUUGACAUCAUCCAACGGCUACAACUACACUAAUGAAAUACAACAACAUAACGCCUCUAGUGCCAGUGCAAGUUUGUACUCAACACUUAACAACGCAAUACAACCAACCCCGCAAUCUUCGCAUUUUAAUAAUGAAGCACCGCAAUCUCCUGUUACUGGUGGCCAUGGGCCUGGACCUAUAUUCAUGCAUCAUCAUAAUAAUUCAAUACAUCAAAAUAAUGCAAAUUUGCGUACACAAAAUCACUAUGCCAACAAUCUGCAGCAACGUCAGCAUCAGCAACAACAUAACAAUGUACUAAACGACAGUAAUACACUGAAUAAUCAAGUGCAGCCAGGAAGCAGGGCAAAUAAUUUCUGGGACAAUUUUAGAAGCUAUUCACGUCAAAAUUUACUCUCGAUUAAUUCAAACAAGAGCAAUGAGGAGCAACACACACAAUGUGUUGGCGUUAUUCGUAGCUCUAAUGAACAACAACAACAAUUUCAGAAUACCCAACGCCUACAGCAACGUUUUCCAGAACAUUUCCGAGUUCCUGCAGGAAGAGCAAAUAUUGACAACAUGAGUGAAAAUAUGCGUCCAGAACGUAGUGAGCGUGGUUUCUUAUUAGGAACUGUUGAUUUAGCAAAUGAAUACGACUUUAUUCCAAAUUCAUCAUUUAGAGCUGAUAAUAUAGCUGAUAGUUUUGAUAAUGAUGGAAACGACAAUGAUGAAGAUACAACAUCAGAAGAAAUUAAACGUAAUCUACUAGUGAAUGCAUUAAAAAAUGAUAAAUUCACCACAAAGUUCUAUGAAUCGAUAAAGGAGGAUGUUUUCCGUCGUCUAGAGAGAAUAAUACUUGAAAGGGAUGAUAAUCUUCAACGUUCUCGCAACGAAGAGUUUGUAGUAUCACAAUUUACAAAUGAUCAGCACCAAAAUAGUUUAAGAGAUCCACUACGAAAAUUGGAGAAUGCACGUAUCCAUAACCAACAAAGUGAUUCCUUGCAACAACAGAUUUUUCAACAAAAUCAAUUAGAGUUAGAUGAGCAAGAAGAAGCUAAUAACGCUGAAACAGAAAGCAAUAAAGGUGUAAUUGAGGUAAACAAUUUCACAGAAAACGAUAAACCAGAAGAAGAUGAAAAUGAAGAUGAUACAAGAUUAAAUCACAAUCAAAAUUCUGAUAUUGAAUUUAUAAAAUUUUCAAGUUAUGCAUUAACUAACAAAUCACCUAAAAUAACGAAAAGUGAUCAGAGAAAGGAAGAGGUGGAAAUGACACUAGAAGGAGCAUGUAGCUUAGCAGCACAACUUGCAAAAUCAAGCAAUAAAUUAAUAACCCAUAAUACUGCAGCAAACACCCCAGACUUUGAUUUUAUACGCAAUGUAAUGAACCGCAUACGAAACCGAAUUCAAACUCGUUCCACAAUUACUGACACAAUAUUGACUGAUAUUAUAAGGUUAACAGCAGCAAGUGCAUCAGAAAGGAUGCGACCAUCAAACGCAUCAACGCCUAACAUAAAAAAAUUACAGCAUAACACAACUGGAUUCUCACCAAAAAAAAUUUAUGCAAAAAUAAAAAAAUCAGGGAUUCCACGUCAACGUGAAGAGUUUUUAAGUUGGUAUGAAUCAUAUUUGGAAAAAAUUUUCUUAGUUGAACAGCACAGAACAUCUAGCAAAUCAGAGGAAAACAAAGCAAUAGAACCGUACAUAAAAAAUAAGUUACAAGGAUGUGUUGGAUCACAAUUUUCACAAUGUGAAAAUGUUGCUUCAAGUAGCAAUCAUUCUAACACCAACACGCAUUUCUGCUCAAUAAUAAGCACCAGUAACAACACAAGUUCGAAUACGGGACACCAACAAAUAUUUGACAAUGCUGAUGAUACAGAUUUAGCUGAAGCUGAUCAGAGUUGUUCAACCAACACAAGUUCCAGUUCGUAUAAUCAAAUAAAACCGUUCGACCAAUUACAGGAAUCUAAAAAAGAAAAUAGUGUCGCACCUCUGGACAACUUUGAAAAUAAUGAAAACCCGGAUGAAGAAAAACCUCUAGGUGGUGCUUCAAGUAAUUUGUUACAUUGUUUGUCAGCAGAAACGAAUAGUGGUUCUGUACUUACAGAUAAUGAGGGCACAAAUACUAAUAUUGAGAAAACAGAUCAAGAAAUUGCUAAAGAAGACAAAACUGUUGAAUAAUUUUUCAAAUCACUUCGUUUUACAUAAAUUCGCCUGACAUUGCUUCUCAUAACUUCAACAUUCUUAUUUUAUAUUUGUUAGCAUUUAAUAUUUCAAAAUUUUAUUUAUUUCAA